AUGGCAGAUAAGCAACAUGUACAAUCAUCAAACGUUAGAUUUGAUCUGGAUGAAUCACAACGUACCGAUGAUUUUGACAGAAUGGACGAAGUCGAUGAAUUAUUUGAUUUUUCAACGCCAUCAAAAACUUCAUCAUAUUCUUCAACCGAGUCAGCAACAAAUAAUAUUACAAAUAGUUCAAAGACAAAUGCAAAAACAUCAUUGAACAACGAUACGCAUGGUAAAAAUAAAUCAACAUUAAGCAAUUAUGCACGAAAUAUGUCAGGUAUAUGUUUUGGAUCAUCAGCAUCUUUGCGACCAGUAACUACUGUAUCAACACCGAAAGCACUGUGUGAUUUCUUAGGUGGAAAUCGUGUGAUUAACAAAAUUCUUAUAGCAAAUAAUGGUAUUGCAGCUGUUAAAUGUAUGCGUUCAAUUCGACGUUGGUCUUAUGAAAUGUUUCGUCAAGAGAACACUAUUAAGUUUGUUGCUAUGGUUACACCAGAAGAUAUGCAAGCGAAUGCUGAAUAUAUUCGAUAUGCGGAUCAUUAUGUAAAUGUACAAGGUGGUCCAUCACAUAUGAAUUAUUCGAAUUGUGACCUUAUACUUGACAUUGCAAAGCGCUUUCCUGUAGAAGCUGUUUGGGCCGGAUGGGGUCAUGCAUCAGAAAAUCCUAAACUACCAGAACUACUUCAUCGUAAUGGUAUUGUAUUUAUUGGUCCACCAGAACAAGCCAUGUGGUCAUUGGGAGAUAAAAUAGCCUCGACUAUUAUUGCUCAAAGUGCUGAUGUACCAACAUUACCAUGGAGUGGAUCUCAUCUUACACUUACAUACAAAGAAGAUGAUAGUGAUGAUGUUACUGUUCCAAUGGAUUUAUAUGAACAAGCAUGUGUUAAUGAUUCCAAAAAGGGUCUAGAAGUUGCAAUUCGAAUUGGUUUUCCUGUAAUGAUUAAAGCUUCAGAAGGUGGUGGUGGUAAAGGAAUACGAAAAUCUACAAGUCGAGAUGAUUUUGAAAAUCUUUUUCGACAAGUUCAAAUGGAAGUACGAGGUUCACCUAUAUUUCUAAUGAAAUAUGCUGAUAGUUGUCGACAUUUGGAAGUACAAAUUCUUGCUGAUCAAAGUGGACAAGCUAUAUCAUUAUUUGGUCGAGAUUGUUCAAUACAAAGACGUCAUCAAAAAAUUAUUGAAGAAGCACCAGCUGUUAUAGCACCAUCUGAAGUUCUUGAAAAAAUGGAAAAAGCAGCUGUACGUUUAGCAAAAAUGGUUGGUUAUGUUAGUGCUGGUACAGUUGAAUAUUUAUUUAAUCCAAAUGAUCAAACAUUUUUCUUUCUUGAACUUAACCCUCGAUUACAAGUUGAACAUCCUUGUACAGAAAUGAUUACUGAUGUUAAUUUACCUGCAUGUCAAUUACAGAUUGCUAUGGGAAUACGUUUGCAUCGAAUAAAAUAUAUACGAUUAUUGUACGGUGAAGAACCAUUUGGUGCAACAUCAAUCGAUUUUGAUAAACCUAAAAACAAACCUAUGCCACAUGGCCAUGCUAUUGCUGCACGUAUUACCAGUGAAAAUCCGGAUGAAGGUUUUAAACCAAGUUCAGGAACUGUUGAAGAAUUAAAUUUUCGUAGUCGACAAAAUGUUUGGGGAUAUUUUAGUAUAUCAUCAUCUGGUGGUUUACAUGAAUUUGCUGAUUCUCAAUUUGGACAUGUUUUUUCACAUGGUGAUACUCGAGAUGAUGCACGAGAAAAUCUUGUCGUUGCAUUGAAAGAGUUAUCAAUUCGUGGAGACUUUCAUUCGACGGUGGAAAUUUUAAUACGUUUAUUGGAAACUGAUGCUUUUAUAAAUAAUACAGUUAAAACAAGUUGGCUUGAUACUUUAAUUGCCGAACAUUUUCAAACUGAAAAACCUGAUAUUAUGAUAUCAAUUGUAUGUGGUGCUAUACAUGUUGCAGAUGAACAAUUUCGAAGUAAUUUUCAAAAUUUUCAAUCAUCGCUUGAACGUGGUCAGAUAUUACCAAUGAAUACACUUUCGACUUCAACCUAUGUUGAACUGAUAUAUGAACAUACUAAAUACAAAUUACAGAUCACAAAAUGUGGUCCAAGUUGUUUUUUCGUUGUUAUGAAUGAUUCAUAUGUUGAAGUUGAAGCUAAUCGGAUGAAAGAUGGUGGUAUAUUAGUUAAUUUAGAUGGAACAAGUUAUUUAACAUUUAUGAAAGAAGAUGUGGAUACUUAUAGAAUUAUUGUUAAUAAUAAAUCAUGUGUUUUUCAAAAAGAAAAUGAUCCAUCUAUAUUAAGGCAGAUAAAACAGAUUGAGUUUCUUCUUGUUUUGUUUAGAAUAUUUAAUUAUUUUAGAUCACCAUCAGCAGGAAAACUGCUUCAUUAUACAGUAGAAGAUGGUGGUCCCAUUGAAGCAGGUCAAGUCUAUGCGGAAAUUGAAGUAAUGAAAAUGGUUACUGAACUUCGAUGUCCAUCGAAAGGACAUCUUCAAUGGAACAAACGUCCUGGCGCUAUUCUUGAAGCUUCAUGUGUUCUUGCCCAUGUCAUUUUUGAUGAUUUUCAUCAAUUUCCACAAUCAAAAUUAUAUGAUGAUAAAUUUCAUUUCGAAAUAACAAAUCAUUCAACAAGUUCAAAAUUAAAUCAAAUAUUUCAAACAACAAAACAAACAUUAGAAAAUAUUCUUCAUGGUUUUACAUAUCCAGAACCAUAUUUUCGUGAAAGACUUAAAUUAACUGUUGAAAAAUUAUUUUCAAUUUUACGUGAUCCAUCAUUACCAUUACUUGAAGUUGAAGAUAUUUUAUCAAAUAUAUCUGAACGUAUACCGCAAGAAGUUAAAAAAGAAAUAAAAAAAUUAUUAAGAAAUUAUCAAAGUAAUUUAACAUCUGUCUUGGUACAAUUUCCAUCACAAUCAAUUGCAACAUUUAUUGAUAAUUAUGCCGCUAAACUAGAACAUCGUACUGAUAGAGAUGUAUUUUUUACAACUGUACAAAGUCUUGUACAGUUAGUAAAACGUUAUCGUAAUGGUAUAAAAGGUCAUAUGAAAACAGUUAUAACAGAUUUAAUAAAAAAUUAUUUAAAUAUAGAAAUAUUAUUUCAAUUUGGACAAUAUGAUAAAUGUUUAACACAAUUACGUGAUAAGAAUAAAAUUGAUAUGCAUAAAGUUGUUGAAACUGUUUUUUCACAUGCAAAUUUCAAUUCAAAAAAUACACUUGUUAUUAUGUUAAUUGAUUUAUUAUUUGAACGUGAUCCAAGAUUAACUGAUGAAUUAACAGCAUUGUUAAGUGAAUUAACAUUAUUAACACAUACAAAUAAUGCAAAAGUUGCAUUAAAAGCAAGACAAGUAUUGAUUGAAUUUCAACAACCACCUUAUGAAUUAAGACUUAAUCAAAUGGAAUCAAUAUUUUUAAGUGCACUUGAUAUGUAUGGACAUAAAUUUUGUCAAGAAAAUUUACAAAAAUUAAUUCUAUCUGAAACGAGUAUAUUUGAUGUUUUACAUAGUUUUUAUUUUCAUCCCAAUAUCCAAGUGCGUCAAUCAGCACUUGAAGUUUAUGUUCGACGUUCUUAUAUAUCCUAUGAUCUCACUAGUAUUCAGCAUGGUUUUCUUUCAGAUGGUACAUGUACUGUCCAAUUUUCUUUAUAUUUACCACUAAACCAUCCAAAUCGACUGUAUGUACAAGAAAAUACGGUUCGAAAUGGUAGUUUUAGUGAUGAUAUGGUGAUAAUGGAUGAUGAAGAUCCACAAUUAUUUCGACGUACGGGAAUAAUAGCUGCAUUCGAUAGUUUAGAACGAGCAAAAAAUUAUUUUGAUGAAUUAUUAAUACCAUUUUCAUCAUUGCCAUCUAAUACUCGUUCUUCAACUACUAGUCGUAAACUAUUAUAUACACAUAAUCGACAAACUUCAUAUGAUAGUUCAUCUAUUGAAAAGCCUACUCCACAAUUUGAUCAAGCAACUAAUCUCAUCUAUGUAUUUAUUAAAGAUGAUGUUAAUCUUCAACAAAAUUUUAAACUUGAAGAUGUAUUUCUUGAAUUUGUUCAAUCAAAAAAUCAAGUUUGUGCUGCAAAAAAUAUUCGUCGAGUUACAUUUUCACUUGCUGCAAAACGUCAAUUUCCAGCUUAUUUUACUUAUCGAAAACGAUUAGAUUUUGAAGAAGAUAAAAUCUUUCGACAUCUUGAACCUGCUCUUGCAUAUCAACUUGAACUUUAUCGUUUACGUUCAUUUGAUAUUGAAUUUGUGCCAACAUCAAAUCAUAAAGUGCAUAUUUAUUUAGGCAAAGGAAAAGUACAUAAUAAACAAAAUGAUACUGCAGAUUAUCGUUUAUUUGCGCGUUCAAUUAUUCGUCAUUCAGAUUUAGUUACGAAAGAAACAAGUUAUGAAUAUUUACAAAAUGAAGCUGAACGUACAUUGCUUGAAGCUAUGGAUGAAUUAGAAAUAGCAUUUUCACAUCCAUUAGCAAAAAAAACUGAUUGUAAUCAUGUAUUUAUGUGUUUUGUACCAACGGUUUGUAUUGAACCAAGUAAAGUUGAAGAAAGUGUACGCGAAAUGGUACUUCGUUAUGGUAUUCGUUUAUGGAAACUUCGUAUUCUUCAAGCUGAAUUGAAAAUGACAUUAAGGGUAACACCAGAUUCUGAACCAAUGCCAUUUCGAGCAUUUAUGACAUAUGAAAGUGGUUAUCAUCUGGAUAUAUCAUUAUAUCGUGAAGUAACAAAUCAAGCGUCAGGACGAACGGUAUUUCAAACAUAUAAUAUUGGUAAACCAGGUCCAUUUGAAGGUCGAGCACUACAUGAACCAUAUUUAACAAAAGAUCAAUUACAAUAUAAACGUUUUACAGCUCAAUCAAAUAGUACAACUUAUGUUUAUGAUUUACCUGAAAUGUUUCGACGUGCUUUGAUUGUAUCAUGGAAACAAUAUUUAGAUUUAAAUAAAUAUAAAGAUCAAAUAACACCAAAAGAUAAUUUUACUUGUCAAGAACUGAUACUUGAUAAUACAACGCAAGUAAAUCUCAAUGUUUCAUCAUCUCCAGUUGCACCAACAUCCAUUCCAUCAACAAAUAUCACGUCGACUUCAUCAAAUGCAACAUCAGCGUCAUUACAAUCAUCAACAUCCGAUACAAAUGAUAUCGCUAAUAAACUUCAACAAUGUGGUCUUAUAACACGUACACGUUCACCAGCAGAAAAUGAUUGUGGUGUUGUUGCAUGGCGUAUUUGUAUGAAAACGCCUGAAUGUCCAAAUGGUCGCACAAUAAUUGUUAUUGCUAAUGAUAUAACAUAUAAAAUAGGUUCAUUUGGUACUGAAGAAGAUUUAUUAUUUCAACGUGCAUCAGAAUUAUCACGUUUAGAACGUAUUCCACGUAUUUAUAUAUCGGCAAAUAGUGGUGCACGUAUUGGUCUUGCUGAAGAACUUAAAUUUCUUUAUCAUAUUGCAUGGAAUGAUUCAAAAGAUGUUGAAAAAGGUAUACGGUAUUUAUAUUUAACACCAAAUGAUUAUUCACGUGUAUCGAAUAUGAAUUGUGUACGAACAGAAACAAUAAAUGAUGAUGGAGAAUUACGAUAUAAAAUUAUUGAUAUUAUUGGAAAAGAAAAUAGUUUAGGUGUAGAAAAUUUACGUGGAUCAGGAAUGAUUGCUGGUGAAACAUCACUUGCAUAUAAUGUUAUUCCAACAAUUAGUUUAGUAACAUGUCGAGCUGUUGGUAUAGGUGCUUAUCUUGUUCGACUUGGUUCUCGUGUAAUACAAGUUGAAAAUUCUCAUAUUAUAUUAACUGGUGCUGGUGCACUUAAUAAAGUUCUUGGUCGUGAAGUUUAUAAUAGUAAUAAUCAAUUAGGUGGUACACAGAUAAUGUUCAAUAAUGGUAUAACACAUGAUAUUGUUAAAGAUGAUUUUGAAGGAUGUUUACUUAUACUUCGAUGGCUUUCUUAUAUGCCAGAAACAAUGUUACAUUUACCACCAAUAUUACCUGGAUUAUAUGAUCCCAUUGAACGUACAAUUGAUUUUGUUCCAACAUCAACACCAUAUGACCCAAGAGAUAUGAUACAAGGACGACAACUUGCAUUAACACAACAAACUUCAAAUCAUAUUGAUAUAGGAAUAUCAAUGGCAGCAUCAUUUCAAUCAGGAUUUUUUGAUCGAGAUUCAUUUGUUGAAAUAAUGAAAGGUUGGGCAAAAACUGUUGUAUGUGGUCGUGCUCGUCUUGGCGGAAUCCCCAUGGGUGUUAUUGCUGUCGAAACACGUACAGUUGAAUCAGAACAACCAGCUGAUCCAGCUAAUUUUGAUUCUGAUGCUCGUACUAUUCAACAAGCUGGUCAAGUAUGGUUUCCUGAUUCAGCAUUUAAAACAGCACAAGCAAUUAAUGAUUUUAAACGGGAAAAUUUACCAUUAAUGAUAUUUGCUAAUUGGCGUGGUUUUAGUGGUGGCAUGAAAGAUAUGUAUGAUCAAAUUAUGAAAUUCGGUGCUUACAUUGUUGAUGCUUUACGAGAAUAUGAACAGCCUGUUUUUAGUUACAUACCACCAUUUGGUGAAUUACGUGGUGGUGCUUGGGUUGUUAUUGAUCCAACAAUCAAUUUACGCUACAUGGAAAUGUAUGCUGAUCGAAUGAGUCGUGGUGGUGUACUUGAACCGGAAGGUACAGUUGAAAUAAAAUAUCGUACAAAAGAUUUAAUACGUACAAUUCAUCGACUUGAUCCUGGUUGUCGAGAAUUAGUUGCUGAGAUAACUUCAUGUACAACAGGAACAACAAAUAAUAUAAAAGAAGAACUUGAAAGAAAAUUAGCUGAACGAGAAAAAGUUUUAUUACCUGUUUAUCAACAAGCUGCUGUUAUGUUUUGUGAUUUACAUGAUACACCAGGUCGAAUGUUAGAAAAAGGUGUUAUUCGAGAAAUAUUGGAUUGGCGAACAAGUCGAGAAUUUUUUUAUUGGCGAUUAAAACGUCGUUUAGGUGAAAAUAAUGCCAUAAAAACAAUUCUUACUCGUGAAUCUUCCAUUGAUUAUCAAUCAGCUGCUAAUUAUCUUCAUCAAUGGUUUAAUGAAGAUAAAACUAAUGAUACUUCACAAUGGGCAAAAGACGAAAUUGUUGCUGAAUGGCUUGAACAAUUUCAAACAUCAUCAUCAAUAGAAGAUCGUAUAAAAGCUUUACAAAAACAAAAUGCUCGUCAAGAUAUUCAUCGAUUACUUCAAACAUAUCCUGAUCUUGUAUCGGAUAUAUUAGUAAAUACAACUGAUGAACAACGUUCUGAAUUAAACCGACUUUUGAACAGUACAAAAACAACUAAGUGA